AUGGCAUGUCUGACACUUUUGAGCAACAGCGAGGAGGCCGGAGACCCAGGAGAGAGGCGAAAAGGAGUUGCAGAAGUCAGUGAGCCCACGGCUCUGCGCUGCGCGUGCGCACUCGCCCUGGUGUGUAUCGUGGUGCUUCUGGGACCGGACGAGGCCGUGGGGGAGGAGCUGCAAGGACAACAGCGUCUGAUGCCCCGGGUCGCCCGUUGGCUGUCCAACUUAGGUCAAUUCAACAAGUACAUGGAGAAGCUCUUCAAUAGCAGCAUGAAGUCUAAGAAAACCAAGAACUCCAAUGACGCGAACAACCCCAAGAAUAGUACGAAACCCCUAUCAGCGAACGCGACGAAACCUCUGCCAGCGAACGAGACGAAACUCCCCGGACGGAAAACCACGAACCCCCCACCGCGGAACGCCGCGAAACCCCAACCACCAGCCUCCUCCCAGGGCCCCAGGUAG